AUGGACUGCUCCAGUGCCUGCCCCGAUGCCGCGCCCUUUGACACAACCUCUGAGGACGUGGUUCACUUUCUCGUCGGUUCAGGCUCGACUGCCAUGAGUGCCCGCGCGAGCAUAGUCCCGGCCGACUCCUUGCUUGGCACGUUGGUGCGAGAUGUGAGCGGCAACGCGCCACUCUUGCUGCCGGACCGCGACCCUGAGUUUAUGAGACUGCUGCUGAGCUUUUGGGCCGAGGAUGAUCAUCAACCCCCGCUCCGAGCCAGUCGGUAUCGCGUUCUCGUCGGCUCGAGUCAGCAGCGCCACCUGCGCGCCGCGCUGGAGGAGACGCGCGUCACGUGCUUCAGCCGUGAGGGUUACGCAGAGGCCGCGCCGGUGCCCUGCACCGGCCUGGGCCUACCGGCUGAGGAGGAGCCAGCGGCAGCUUUCGAGCUGGCGACUCUAGGGCCCACCGUCCUUAACGAGGUGCGCGUUCGCGCUGUGGAGUGCGUGGCCGCCUCGACGCCGCUGUGGGCGGGCGGAGAGGCGGUGGAGGACUGGUCGCUCUUCGAGGCGGACGGCGAGCCGGUGGCGGAGGCGGCGGCCGAGGCAGGACUUUCCGUCGCGUCGCUCACGCUCGAGCCCCACGAGGUGCCCGCCGGAGCGGGCUUCGCGCCGUUUCCUCGCACCGUGCCCAGCUUCAGGGUGCUCGGCUGUGCUGGAGGCAGCAGCGAGUGGACGGAGCUCGGCGCGCAAGGCGGCGCCGAGGGCCUACCCGAGGCGCGGCUUUUGCUGGUGCGCAACGCGCCACGCCGCCACUUGUGCACCGGCGAGCUGCUCGCCGCCCUGCUAGCGCUGCCGCGCAGCUUGUGCUGGGCCGAGGCUGAGGCCCACCGCUGCGCGUCGCUCACGCUCUCGCUGGCGCGCGCGAGCCUCGAGAGCAAAGGCAAGCUCAAGACGUUCCUGGGACACACGGCGGGUAGCACACGACUCCUGCUCCGGGCGUGGCCGGGCAAGGACGCAGUGCAGGCGCAGGCAGCGUGGUGGCUCGCCUCGGAGCUGGCCGAGGGGCACAUGUACACCGAGCCCGAGCUCUACGCGCUCAUCGAGGCGGCGAGCUCCUACCAGCCCGACCUGGGCACAAUCCGCAAGGAGCUCCACCGGCGCGGUUGCCUCGAGCCGCCUGAGAUCGUGCAGAAUGCUGACCGGACUACCUCGACGUACUACCGCGUGGCUCCGCUGGAGCGGAUGCGCGAGGUCGCGACGCUGGCAUCCAGCAGCGAGCUGGACGGCGGACUCGUCCUAUUCGUCAACAGGCGGCACGUGUUGCACGUUUGGGCGUGGUGGUGGGAUAGCGACAGCAUCCACCUCCACCUAGCCCCGACCGAGUCGUCGGAUGAUCGGCCGCUGAAGCAGCUGCGAUGCCUGGCCAAGUCGAUCCUCGAGCGCGACGGGCGUGCGCCCGGCUCUCAGUGA